CCCUGAGGAGGACAGAAGCCCCGGGUCCAGCUGGGGCUGGAGCUGCUGCAGGUGACCUCCUGCAGAGAUGGGGGCUCGGGCAGCUCUGCUGCUUCUCUGGGUCCCAGGCUGUUUGUCCCUGAGCGGCCCCCGCCACGUGACGGGCACCGUGGGGGGAACCCUGAGCGUGCAGUGUCGGUACCAGGAGAAGUACGCGGAAAAUAAGAAAUACUGGUGCAGAAACCCAUGUUUCAUACUGAGGAGGAGCAAGAUUGUGGAGACCACGGAGGCAGAGAGAGAAGUGAGGACGGGCCGCGUGUCCAUCAGGGACGAUCCAGCAAACCUCACCUUCACAGUGACCUUGAAGAACCUCAAAAAGGAUGAUGCUGACACAUACUGGUGUGGGAUCGACGCAUCAGUCUUCCAAAACUUUGUGGACCCCACCUUCGAGGUUGUGGUGACUGUGUCCCCAGCAUCAUCGUCGUCUGUCGAUUCCAUUGCUUCCAAGACCUCAACAAUCCCAAUCACCACGACCCCGAUUCCAGGUGUGCCCAUAACUCCAGACACAGUGAAUGUCACCAACAGCCUGGACUGCUCGGACAGCACGGACAGCCCGCAUGACUCUCAGCCGAGCCAAGGGCUCCCUGUGCUGCUCUCCUUGUUGGUGCUUCUGUUGCUCCUCCUGGCGGGGACCUCACUGCUGGCAUGGAGGAUGGUUCAGAGGCGGAACAAAGCUGGUGAGAACCCAGAGCCAUCCCAGAACCCUGGGGAGGCUGACGAGCAGAGCGAGCCCUGCUAUGCCAAUUUGGAGCUGCAGACCUGGUCCCCUCUGGAGAAGCCCGUGCGAUCAGAGCAGGUGGAGGUGGAAUACAGCACAGUGCAGGCCCCCCACAUAGAGCCUCAGUACACCAUGGUGGUGUUCAACUCCCAGAAUCAGGAUUCUAAGGACUACAGGGCUCCCCGCGAGAGCACCUGCCAGCCGGAGCCGGAGUACAGCGAGAUUGAGAAGACAUAAUCCCGUCUCCAGCCUCGACACCUGGAGGGCUCUGUGGGCUCCAGGGAGCCCAGGCCCGGCCCCUCUGCCUCACCGCCACCCCCAGCCCCCUCAGCCAGCUCCCCUCCGUGGUGAUCGACAAGGCAGCUGGGCUCCUGCGGGCUGCCCCUCUUGCGCU